UUUUUGAUAUACUCUGCUUGUAUCAAACGCAUACACAAUUUUUCCUUAUUGAAUUAGUUUUAGUACCUGAGCUCAACAUCUAAGGAUGGAGCAGUGAUGGUGGAAAUCUGGUGUUCUUCUUUUUCCAUUUUCACAAACUUUAACAUGGUAUCAGAGCGAGUGUUCUGCGCUUCCGCGAUAUUCGGUAUUUGAUCGGAGGUUCUAAUUGCGAUUCUUGAGUUCGUCAAGCUGUUCGAAUUUUGGUUUGAUUUCUUGAUUUCCUCAAUUGAUUCUUGAUUUCCUCAAUUGAUCUCUUGAUUUCGUGAUUUUGUGUUCGGUUUUUUUUUACUGAUUUCGUUGACAUAUUUGGAGGAUUUCGAUUUCGGUGUUGUUGUUGAGGAUAUUUCUUUUGAUUGCUUGAAGUUUUUUGGUGAUUAGGUUGAAUCCUAUUUUUUUUUGGAGUAUUUUCCCCAAUAUUAGGCAUACUUUUUUUUUUCCAGCCCUAAAAUUUUGGUCGUAAUGGGGGACGAAGAAGUUGUUGAUAAUAGAGUUUUGGAACCAACACAAGACCCUAGUACAGUCUACUACAUCCAUCCUAGUGAUAAUAACAAUCACAAGUUUAUUUCUGAAAUUUUUGAUGGUGAGAAUUACUCUUCUUGGAAGAGAUCUAUGAUAAUUGGAUUGUCUACUAAGAAUAAGAUGAGCUUUGUUGAUGGCACCUUGCCUAUGCCUCUUACUACUGAUGUUACUUACAAAGCAUGGAUUAGAUGCAACAAUCUCGUGAUUGGAUGGAUUUUGGGAGUCUUAGGACCAAUUACAAAGAAGAGUGUGUUCUUUUACAAGACUGCUAGGGAGAUGUGGAUGGAUUUGGAAGAACGAUAUGGUCAAGUAUCAUCUACUGAAUUGUAUGGAAUACAAGAGGAAAUUAGUGCUGUGCAUCAAGAAAAUGAGGAGAUAGCUGAAUUUUUUGCAAGGAUUAAGGUUCUUUGGGACCAACUUGACGACGUUAAUCCAAUUCCUGUUUGUACUUGUAGUGGUUGUGUGUGUAAUGUGACUGGAAAGUUUGUUAAGAUUCAGCAAGAUUACAGACUUCUUCAGUUUUUGAUGAAACUCAAAGAUGAGUAUAAGCAAGUUAGAAGCAAUGUUUUGAUGAUGCAACCUCUGCCUACCUUGACUCUUGCAUACAGAAUGCUGCUACAAGAACAAAAACACAAGCAAAUCAGUGAACAAUCAACUGCUAAUGAAACAUUUGCCUUUGCUGCUGAUAGAAGAAGAUUAUAUGACAAUAAACCUACUAAGAAUUUCAAUCAGAUUGGUUUUCAGUCUCAGAAUAACAAGGUUGGUUAUCAAGGAGAUAGAAAUGGAGGAAAGCAAAUGGUUGGUUAUAAGAGAAAUUUCAAUAAUCUGAACUGUGAGCAUUGUAAGAAGUCUGGCCACACUAUCGAGAGGUGCUACAAAUUGCAUGGUUAUCCAGCUGACUUCACAUUCAACAAUCAGAGAAGAUUUGCUAAUUUUGUUCAAGGAGACAAUUCUCGUGGGGAUUUGGAUAAUGGUGGACAUUAUCAGGAUGAAAAUAUUACUGCAACCUUUACAAGGGAACAAUAUACCAAGUUGAUGAGUAUUUUGGAUGAUUCAAAGGAAGUGGCAAUGCCAAGUUCAACAGCUCAAAUGAAGGCAGAUGAUAACAACACGAGUGGAGCAUAUUUUGCAGGGUCCCACCUUACACCGGGAAAUUGUUCUUGGUAAGCUGAAAUCUGGACUUUAUCAUGCCGAUGACAGACUUUAUGACAAUAAGUUUGAAGAGAAUACUCCUCACAUAGUGAAUGCUGUAAGUGGUGAAACAGCUUCUUAUGCUUGUACAGUUAAUAAUAAUGCUAGACUUUGGCAUUUAAGGCU